AUGGGCCAUAUGCUUGGUCAUGUUCUUGAUUUAGGAAUGAAAAGUAGCGACCCGAAUGUGCGCCUUUAUCAAACGAAUGAACGUCAGACAUUUCAUACAGAUUCAUCAGAUGUUGUGGGCCUUUUGUGUUUAAAAACAGCGAAAGUUGGCGGAGAAUCCUUAUUGGUGAGCGCUUCAACAAUUUUCAACGAAAUGUACGCGCAGCGGCCUGAUCUACUUGAGCUUCUAAUGCAACCAAUAGCAACUGACCGGCGAGGUGAAGUUCCAGAAGGCAUGUUGCCUUAUAUGUUGAUUCCAGUAUUCAGUUUUCACGAAGGCUACCUGACUGUUUUUUACCAACGUCAGUAUAUUGAUUCUGCGCAACGGUUUGAAGAUGCACCCCGCCUUACUCCAAAGCACUUAGAAGCACUCGAUAUGUUUGACCGUCUGGCCAAUGAUCCGAAGCUUAACCUGUCCAUGAAGCUUGAGCCGGGAGAUAUGCAGUUUGUAUAUAAUCAUGCUCUUUUACAUGAUCGUACAGAUUUUGAAGACUGGAAUGAUCCGGCAGAAAAACGCCAUCUUUUACGUCUGUGGCUUUCAAUACCAGAAGAUCGACCGUUGCCGGAUGUGUUUGCAUCACGCUUUGGUUCGAUUGAAAUAGGUAACCGCGGAGGAAUCCUUGUUCGAGGCACAACACCAACCAUUCCAUGGACAAUUUAA